AUGCGUCCCAAGAUGACCUCUUUCUCUACCGCGUCUCCCAGGCCAGUCCCGGCCUCAUUAGCCUCGGCCUCGCCAAAGGUCCACGUUCUCGGACUCGGCAGCAUCGGCUGUUUCGCUGCGCAUUGCAUCACUGAGAUCAGUAACGGUCCUGCCGUCACGCUGCUUCUCCACCGGAAAUCCCUUCUGGACGCAUACCGCCAGAACGGCAAUCGCAUGCUCGUCCAGACGCCAGAAGGCAAGCAUAUCAGCUCGGACGGGUACGGUUUUGAGGUCCUCGAAAAUAGAGACAAAUGGUAUCAUACCUCCCCGGAAGAUGCGCCAGUCUCCAUCAAAGAGCCCCUUUCAGAACCCAUCGAAAACCUGGUCAUCUCCGUCAAAGCCACCCAGACCGUGGAGGCCCUGAGGCCACUUGUCCACCGACUCGGUCCCGCGUCGACGAUUCUCUUCCUGCAGAAUGGAUCGGGGAUGAUCGAGGAUGUUAAUGCGCAUUUGUUUACGAACCCAGAGACCCGGCCGCGGUAUCUUGUGGGUAUCAUUUCGCACGGCGUGACGCUCAACUCGUCGUUUGAUAUCACGCAUACCGGGUUCUCUGCGACGUCUAUCGGGCCGAUUCCUCGUGAUGGUGAGAACUUAUCAGAGGACUCAGAUCUUCAUCCAGAUGGCAGCAGCGACAACUACCUCCUCCAAACCCUCCCUCACGCCCCGCGCCUCACCCUUACAUCUUACACCUACACCUCCGUGCUGCAACUCCAGCUCGAGAAACUAGCCGUCAACUCUUUCUGCAACCCGUUGUGUGCACUCAACGACGCCCCAAACGGAUGGCUCUUCACAAUCCCCGACACGCGCAGGGCCUUAUUAACCGAGAUAUCGAACGUCGUGCUAGCGCUGCCGGAGCUCUCUGGCGUGCCGGGGGUCGCGGAACGGUUUUCCGUCGACAGGUUGGAGGAGACGGUGAAUGGGAUUCUGAUGAAGAAUUAUAAUAGCACGCCUUCGAUGAUUUGGGAUCUGCGGGCUGGGAGAGAGACGGAGGUGAGGUUUAUUAAUGGAUAG